AUGUCACAAUUUGAAGCAGCAUCGGAAAAGAAAUAUAACUCGAAUGAAACGUUUCUGGGUGAUAAAUUAGAGAAACAAGAAUUUGAUGAGAACGCUGUAAUUGAGUCGAAAGAAUUAUCAUCUUCCAAGGAGCAACAAUCAAAGGCACCAAUAAAACAUCAACCUGGGAUUGUCAAUAUCCUUCAUCCAAAUAGCAUUUGGCGUGACAGGAUCAAUACUGCUUUUUUUAUUACUUUCUUUUUUAUUGCCGAAGAAAGAUUCUUCUAUUUGAUGAUUUUCAUGCUGGUACCAACGAUGAUGGAACAGUUUUUAUGCACGUGGAGAUUACAAACACGGAAUCCUUUAAUUAGUAAUACUUUGACAUUCGUUCUAAUUGCAGGUAUUGUUGUAAAGUUGGUUUUGGUAUCAUUUAGGACGGUUCAAUUAAUUCUAACCAUUCCGUGGUGUGAAUUUUAUGAGAAAAAUCAAGACGUUUCAAACACUUUAAGGAAGUUAGUAGUAGACUAUUGA